AUGCAAAGAGGAGUAGAGGAAGAAGCACCUAAUGAGGAGGAAAAGGAGGAACAACCAGCACCUACCCCAAAUAAGAGGAAGGAGCCCACCACUGAUGUAUAUGUACCUCAUGUUCCUUUCCCACAUAAAUUAGCACGUCGUAAGCUUGAAGAAAACUAUGGGAAGUUUUUAGAAGUUUUGAGUAUGCUUGAGAUCAACAUUCCUUUCAUCGAUGCUAUCAAGGAGAUGCCUUCUUAUGUCAAAUUUUUGAAGGAGGUGUUAUCUAAAAUGAGGAAGCUGUCAGAAAUAGGAGUAGAGACACUGAGAGGGGAUUGUAGUGUUAUUUUAGGGUGUAAAGUGCCAAAGAAAGAAGCUGAUCUUGGGAGUUUCACCAUUCCAGUCAAAUUUAGUAAAGUUUUAGUCAAGAAAGCACUUGUUGAUUUGGGAGCUAGUGUGAGUAUCAUGCCGCUAUCUUUAUGCAAGAGGAUCAAAGCUGAGAUCAAGCCAACAAGAAUGUCUUUGCAGCUAGCCGAUAGAUCAGUAAGAUUUCCAGUUGGAGUUGUUGAAGAUUUGCCAGUCUAA